AUGACAGAUAUAAGAGUGAUCCCCCUCGGUAAGACAAAGUGUCAUUAUGUGACGUGUAAAGGUGCCGGUCAGGAUGUAGGCCGAAGCUGUAUCUUGGUUUCUCUCGGUGGUAAAAAUAUAAUGCUUGAUUGUGGAAUGCAUAUGGGUUAUAACGAUGAACGUCGCUUCCCUGAUUUUUCUUUUAUUGUGCAAAAACAUGACCUGACUGAGUACAUUAACUGUGUCAUUAUAAGUCACUUUCAUCUUGACCAUUGUGGUGCUUUGCCUUAUAUGACGGAAAUGGUUGGUUACAAUGGCCCGAUUUAUAUGACACAUCCUACUAAAGCCAUCUGUCCGAUUUUACUGGAUGAUUACCGUCGUAUCAGUGUUGAAAGACGAGGUGAACAAAAUUUUUUUACUGCUGAAAUGAUCCAUCGCUGCAUGAGGAAGGUGAAGUGCGUUUACCUCCAUCAAGCUGUAAGAGUCGACGACGAGAUUGAGAUUCAGGCCUUCUACGCAGGUCACGUGCUGGGUGCUGCAAUUUUUCAUAUCAAGGGUGACUAUAACAUGACUCCGGAUCGGCAUUUGGGUGCCGCAUGGGUUCCAAGAUGUCGACCCGAUUUAUUGAUAACGGAGACCACCUAUGCCACUACCAUCCGCGAUUCUAAGCGUGCCAGGGAGCGCGAAUUUCUCGAAAAGGUUCACUCACGACUUGAUGCUGGUGGAAAAGUUCUCAUUCCGGUUUUCGCUCUAGGCAGAGCGCAGGAACUCUGCAUCCUUCUCGAAACCUACUGGGAACGAAUGAACCUCUCAUUCCCCAUCUUCUUUUCUGCCGGAAUGGCUGAAAAGGCGACGGAGUUUUACAAGUUAUUCAUCUCAUGGACAAGUCAGAAAAUUAAGGAGACCUUUGUGGAGCGCAACAUGUUUGACUUUAAGCACGUCAAGCAUCUAACUCCAGAAGCUGUGGAUCAACCAGGUCCAAUGGUGGUUUUUGCAACUCCGGGUAUGCUUCACGCCGGUCAAUCCUUGCACAUAUUCCGAAAGUGGGCUCCAGAUCCUAAGAAUAUGGUCAUUAUUCCCGGUUACUGCGUCUCGGGCACUGUUGGCUACAAGAUCCUAAAUGGAGUGAAACGACUAGAAUUUGAUAAGCAGAUACUAGAAGUGUGUAUGCGUGUGGAGUAUCUCUCUUUUUCUGCUCAUGCCGACGCUCGUGGAAUAAUGCAGCUCAUCUCGCAGUGUCGUCCCGGUCACGUCCUCCUGGUGCAUGGGGAAGCCUCCAAGAUGGAAUUCCUCAAAAGUCGCAUUGAAUGUGAGGCGGGGCUAGAGUGUUCCAUGCCAGCCAACGGGGAAAUAGCUCUUAUACCAACACGGCCACGCUUCGAAGUGGUCGCGUCGGUGGAUUUGCUCAAGAAAACCAUCAGUGAAAAUUCCAUUUUACGCAAGGCAAAAGAUAAGCAGUCUCUUUUCAAGGCUGGUGUUGUCGUGAGGGCUGAUGAGUCACGAGGGAUCCUAAUGAGUCGGGAGGCAGCAUUGGCUAGUGUCGGUCUGAAGGAACAUGCGGUGCUGUUCACGUCUGUGCACGCGUUUGCUUCAACAGAACCGAUUGAGACACUUUUAAAGCGCGCUAUGACACUGUGUCUUGUACUUGUGCCGAAGGAGAAAAUAGAUACCGAGGAUUCGGGGCUGGCUCUCUUCAAGCGAAUUUUCAUUGAUUUUGAAUCACCUCCCACAAAGAAAGGCGAACAGAAUGACAUUCUCCUACGGGUCACGUUUACACUUCAGGAUGAAGACAUGGGCACGAAGAUAUUUUCGAAAUUGAGAGACGCCUUUACACGAACGUAG